AUGUUCUGGAAGGGAGAAGGUGUUGCAUCAUCGGCAUCACCGUUAGCUAGAGCUAGAGAUGAGCGCGGCGGACGGAUUCGUGACGACCGCGAGGGCCGAGACGAGUGGUGGGAUCAAGGAGGAGGAGGUGGAGAUAACGGCGACGCAGAAGAUGUUGGCGGCUUGUUCGGGGAGUUUGUUGACGAGUUUGUUGGUAACACCUCUCGACGUAGUCCGAGUACGUCUACAAUCACAGCACCACACCCCCGCCCACCGCUCCUCCACGCUCCUCCGCUCCAAGAUCCCCAUCGCCCCCCUCACCUUCACCUCCACGACGGCCGCCCUACCCCCAACCUCGGCGUGACCGCCUGCUGCCGCGAAGUCUUCUGGCUCACGCCGACACCCACCGCCUGCCUCGCCGCAGCCCCCUCCCUCCCCUCAUGCCAACUCACCGCCCCCUCCGUCCCCUCUGCCGUCGCCCACCACCGCAUAAACGGCACCUUCGAAGGCCUCGUCAAGAUUGCCAAACACGAGGGCCUCCCCUCCCUCUGGCGCGGCCUCUCCCCAACCCUCCUAAUGGCAAUCCCCGCAAACGUAAUCUACUUCACCGGCUACGACUCCCUCCGCGACACCCUCUCCCCCCUCGGCCCCACCGCAGCACCCCUCAUCGCCGGCUCCGCUGCCCGCACAAUCGCGGCAACAGUCAUCUCCCCCGUCGAGCUCUUCCGAACACGUCUCCAGGCCGCAGGAGCAGACCACACAUUCUCCUCCACCCUCGCCGGCGUGCGCUCCAUGGUCGCCGCUGAGGGCGUUGCAUCGCUCUGGCGCGGGCUGGGGCUGACGCUCUGGCGCGACGUGCCCUUCUCCGGCGUGUACUGGUUUGGCUAUGAGAUGGUGAAGGCGCGGCUGCGCCGGGAGCGCGAGCAGAAUUGGCAUAUGGGUGCGGCGCCGCUGCAGACGCUGCCGAGUGACAUACAUGCGGAGAGUACGUUUGUGGAUGCGUUUGUGGCGGGGGCGGCGUCGGGGGCUGUUGCGGCGCUGUUGACGACGCCGUUUGAUGUGGGCAAGACGAGGAGGCAGGUGGCGAUGCAGGUGGGCGGCGGUGGGAGUAUGCCGAGGUUGUUGUGGGGGAUUUGGAGGAUGGAGGGGGUGGCCGGGUUGAUGAGGGGGUGUGUGCCGAGGAUGUUGAAGGUUGCGCCGGCGUGUGCGAUUAUGAUAUCGAGUUAUGAAGUCGGGAAGAAGGCUGCCGCGAGGAUGAACUCUAGGAGUGCGUCUUUGUGA